ACUUUAAUCUCAAACUCACCUUUGUGGUUCUCUUACCCACUCCCUCGCCCCCACCCUCCUAUCCACCCAUCUGCCCCACUGACUCAUCACUAACCCUCCUCCUGCAGCUUCAGUGGUGGACGCUGCUGCUACUUUCCCGCAGGCCGUUCCAGGACUGUGCAGUUCUCGGAACAGGCUGGUGUCCCUGUGCUGUCUACCGUCACAUUCUGGGUGGAGUCUCGGCUCAGCAACUGGACCAUGAAGUCUCUGGAGAUAUCCCUGUACCUGUCUGAGUGGAUCAAGUUUAACCCUCCUCUGGGAGACAUCAAAGCGUCUCGUAUAGACGGGCAGUUACGCCUGGAUUGGAACAUUACCGAAGAGGUUCCAGCUGAGGUGCAGUUCAGGCGCCGGACGCCCACAACUAAUUGGACAUUGGGUGACUGUGGACCCCAGGAUAUCUCUGACUUAGGUAUGACUGAAGACAUUCAUGGCAGCAUUUCUGAGUCCUGCCUCUGCCCUUUAGAGGACAUGGCCCAGGAGCUCCAGAUACGGCGGCGACGGCAGCUCUCCUCGGGGGCUCCUGGAGGCCCCUGGAGUAGUUGGAGUGCUCCUGUGUGUGUUCCACCUGAACGCUUCCCCCAGCCUGAGGUCAAGUUCCUGGUGGAGCCGCUGGGUCAAGGUGGAAGGCGGCGUCUGACCAUGCAAUGCCAGACGCCGCAACCAGCUGUCCCUGAGGGCUGCCUGGAAGUCAGGCCUGGUGCUCUGGUGAAGCACUUGGUGCGUGUGCACAUGUUGUCCUGCGCGUGCCAGCCUCAGAACCGGAAGACCAUGUCCAUAGGCAAGCCGCUGAACCUCUCCGGGGCUGCCUACAACUUGGUUGUACUCACCAGGACUCGUUUUGGCCGCAGCCCCUACCAGAUGUGGCACCUUCCUGCCCAAGAACUCACAGGUGCCUGGGGCCCAGGGGCAGAACAUGAGGGCGGCGGGUUCCUUCGUCAUGCACAAAAGAAUGAGGUUAAGACAGUGUCCAAGUGAAAGGCGCAUCAAAACUUCAGUCAUUGAGAUCUAUGUUUAAUGCAGGACUUUAAAACACACAAACUAGCCAAGCGUUGGUGGUGCACGUCUUUA